GAGUAUGAGGCGCCCACCAUGGUGCGAUGCGACCGCGGGCUGCAGAUGCUGCUGACCACGGCCGGAGCCUUCGCCGCCUUCUCGCUCAUGGCCAUCGCCAUCGGCACCGACUACUGGCUGUACUCCAGCGCGCACAUCUGCAACGGCACCAACCUGACCAUGGACGACGGGCCCCCGCCCCGCCGCGCCCGCGGCGACCUCACCCACUCGGGGCUGUGGCGGGUGUGCUGCAUCGAAGGGGUCUAUAAAGGGCACUGCUUCCGCAUCAACCACUUCCCAGAGGACAACGAUUACGACCACGACAGCUCGGAGUACCUCCUGCGCCUCGUGCGCGCCUCCAGCGUCUUCCCCAUCCUCAGCACCAUCCUUCUCCUGCUCGGUGGGCUCUGCAUCGGCGCCGGGAGACUCCACAGCCGCAAGAACAACAUCGUCCUCAGCGCCGGCAUCCUCUUUGUGGCUGCAGGACUCAGUAACAUCAUUGGCAUCAUCGUCUACAUUUCCAGCAACACGGGAGACCCCAGCGACAAGCGCGACGAAGACAAAAAAAACCAUUACAACUACGGCUGGUCUUUUUACUUCGGAGCCCUGUCUUUCAUUGUGGCUGAGACCGUGGGCGUCCUGGCCGUAAACAUUUACAUUGAGAAAAACAAAGAGUUGAGGUUUAAGACCAGACGGGAGUUCCGUAAGGCUCCCUCCUCCUCACCCUACGCCAGGAUGCCGAGCUACCGGCACCGGCGACGGCAUUCGCGGUCCAGCUCCAGGUCCACCGAGGCCUCCCCGUCCAGGGACACGUCUCCGGUGGGGCUGAAGAUCGCCGGGGCCAUUCCCAUGGGCGAGCUGUCCAUGUACACGCUGUCCAGGGAGCCCCUCAAGGUGACCACGGCCGCCAGCUACAGCCCCGACCAGGAGGCCGGCUUCCUGCAGGCGCACGACUUCUUCCAGCAGGACCUGAAGGGAGGCGUGCACAUCAGCCUGCUCAACCGGCGGACCACCCCGGUGUGA